GGUAGUCACAGUACGCCUCUCAAACGUGUCGGAUCAAUUUUUCCUCCUUUUUAAUCAAUCUAAAAAAGAAAGAAACACCUACUCACAUACAUUUUUUUCAUUUCACUGGACUUCAUUCCCAUACCCCGAUUAAUCAAUCGAUAUUGAUCACUGAUCAAGCGCUCAGCCAAUUGGCCAACAAGUACAUUUGGAUACCGUCGAUUUAUUUGGAUUUUAUCAUCAUAUAGUGAUUCUGGUUUAUGUGAUUUUUUUAAUUAAAUAUUUUUGUGCUUUAGUGGCUGUUGAUGUAAUUGAAUGAGCGUUCAAUCACUGGUGUUUAUUUGAUAGUGAGGAUUGGGAAUAGUGACGGGAAUUGUGACUAUUGUUAAGACCUGGUUACAUCUGGAUUGUGAAUGGUGGUGAGUGUUGGUUUACAAGUGGUCAGAAUAUACGGUAACUAUCGGUGUAUGGACACGCUGAGAUGCCGUGAUUGCACGGAUUGCAGACACAGGGAUAGCUAGAGAAGGUGGCAUAGUGCCCAGUGACUGGACGUCACGAUGCGCACAUUGCUUCUCUUAAGAUUGGCGUUGACGGUGGGAGUCUCCGCACUGAUUGUCAAUGCAACAAGUACAUCAGACAGCAAUGUUAUUUCUAAACUAGACAACACAGAGCGUGAACAAGCGACGGCGAAUUUAGAAGCGAGUUUGUUGUCACUCCUGGGCUUCAGCAAGAGGCCAAAGCCCUCCUCCAAAGUUCACGUACCUCAGUCACUGUGGCAGCUUUACAAUAAACAAAAUACCAUAAAGAUGGCAAACAUUGCGAGGCCUGGCAUUCACACCAGAUCGGCGAACACAGUCCGGUCAUUCUCUCACGUUGAGAGUCCAGUGGACAAUAAAUUCCAAUCACCCCACAGAUUUCGCCUGACGUUCGAUGUGACGAGUGUGCCAUUGGAGGAGAGCCUGAAGGCAUCAGAACUCCGGUUAACCCGAAUAGCCCUUCCAGCAGAAUCAGACAAAUCAAAGUACCUAGGAAGGAUAUUAAUCCACGACAUAGUCCGGCCAGGUGUGAAAGGACGAAGCAAACCCUUGCUGAGACUGAUCGAUAGUAAAUCCAUCGAUAUACGAAGCAAUCGAACGAUAAACCUCGAUGUGCAGCCGGCAGUCUCUCGAUGGCUCUCAGAGCGUCAGGAAAAUCAUGGCCUCCUGAUUGAGGUGAUCGGUGAGAGCCUGAAGAAAAAUCCCCACGUACGAUUGAAACGCUCCACCGAAUCCCACGAGUCCUGGUACUCAAUGAGUCCAAUGUUGUACACGUAUACUGAUGAUGGACGCAACAAAAUGGCGUCAGCUACAGAAAUGAUUGAGAGACGCGCAAGACGAGCAGCUCCGGGUAAAAAACGUCGCAAGGAUGGACGAGAGAAUUGCCGACGAUAUCCAUUGUACGUUGAUUUUGUUGAUGUAGGGUGGAAUGAUUGGAUAGUUGCACCACCGGGAUACGAUGCCUUCUACUGUCAUGGCGACUGUCCAUUUCCCCUGUCAGAUCAUCUCAAUUCAACGAAUCAUGCAAUUGUUCAGAAUCUCGUGUACUCGACGAAUCCAGCGAUGGUGCCCAAAGCCUGUUGUGUACCGACGGCACUCAGUUCCAUAUCCAUGCUCUACCUCGAUGAGGAGAACAAAGUUGUUCUCAAGAACUACCAAGACAUGGCGGUAAUCGGCUGUGGUUGUCGUUGAUCUUAGACAUCUUGGGGAUUUCACUUAAUCGAGACUCCACCAGGCAGUCCCCCGAUUGCAAUGAAGACUAGAUUGUUACCCUGUACGUCAUGACAGGGGGGAAUUCUCAUUGGCGAAAUGCAUCUGCUUCUGUAGUUCUGGAGUCCAAUGGACGAUGCAGACUCGUAUGGAUUGGAAUGAGGCACAGGUGGGGAUUUAAUUGUGCCGUCGGUGUUCUUCUGCCCUCAAGUCUCCUCGGCUCAACUCCCCACCCAAUACUCACUUCUGUUAAAAAAAAACAUAUUUUUUUUUCCUCACAUUCUCUCUCCUUCUGUCUCUCUUUUCCACUUGACCAGAGGUGAUCGGGUCCUCGUGGCUGUCUCUCUUCGUCAACGCUCGUUAGAAGUAUCCAACAGUGUGGUCAAGUGGACAAAUAAAAAGAACAUUUGAAAAAUAAUGUUUUAAAAUAAAGGAUAGAGAACUGAGUGCGUGACGCUGCCGCAUUCUCGACAGCUUCAGUAAUUAACAAACUCGACGGCCUAUGGGGAUAUAUAUUCCAUGGAGACGUUGGGUUUUAUCGUUACAUACGUUAUGUACGUGUGUGAACUGGACUCUGGGCAAACUCAUGUACACUAUUCGCCUUCUCCGAGGCGGCUUGAAGAAUCGGUGAGCGCGAUAGGCUAAAACCCGAACCUCCUUGAUUCUCUUUUUUUUUAACAUUUUUUUUUCUUCCAAUCUUCCAAGUCUCUCUCCCCACCAAUAGCAUGUGGCUACGUACGUCUAUCGUGCGCUCACGAGCUGCUCGCACUCGCGCACGUAUGUAUAAUUUAUUAAUAAGGCUGUAGAGAAAACCGGUAUCAGAUUUACCACCGGCAGCAUCCGCAGGUGCCACUUGUGUGUGUCCCCGUAGCAACCGAUUUUAAAUACCCCCCUCCCAAAAAAAAAAUGAGAGAAUUGAGAAAACGUUUAGAGCGUUAUGCGUUAAUGUAUCGGUUCGAUGAUGGAUGGGGGAUGGAUGGGGGAUGGAUGCUUGGGGGUGCUGAUGAUUUGGGGGAAAUUCCAGUCAUUAGUGGGACUUGUUAUGACAAGUGUUCUGGACAAUGAGAUUUUUAUUAUGAAUGAUAUGUCAAUGAAAUGUUUUUUUCUUUGAAAUUGUUGUAGAGCGCUUGGUCAUGAACAUUCAGUGAGAUUAUUGAGUCGAUUGUUGUUGAAGACAAUCGAGUGGGGGGUAGUGAUGUAGUAAUGCGUGACUAAUUGAUGGGAAUAUCGAAAUACUAUUGAGCAUUGUUAGCUGCGCAGUUUCGAAUUAUGACGAUUCGUAUGAAACUGCGUGACUAAUAUAUUUAUGUGAUUAUUCAUCUUCUCACUGGAAGAAGUUGAUACACUAUUUCUGUACCCACUAUUGAGAAUUCUCCCUCCCCUUCCACGAUUGCAACUGCGAAUUUAUUAUUGUAAAAUCCUACCGCGUAUUUGAAUUAGAAAAUGUUUGACGUUAAACCGUACCUGCUUUUAAGGAUUACUAUUUAUUUUUUAUGUUUCAAUUUUUAUUGUUUUAUUUUUUAAAAAAAUGAGCUGAGGAUGAUGUGAGGGUUAAUCCAUAUUAUGUGUGUAUAUUUGUACAAAUUAUGUGUUUUGUUUAUAGUGAAAUUAAUAUUACUACUCGUUUAUCUCUGUUCUUCUCAUUCUGUGCUCUAUUUACAUUCUUUGUAUUUUCAUGUUCAAUUUUCUUCUCUACUAUUGAGAUUCUUGUAAAAUGUGUGAAUAAGGUGAUCAAGUUAAAUGGAAAGAAAAUCCAGGAGUCGUUGUAAAGAAUUUGUAAAUAAUUUAUUCAUUGUAAAGUAU